AACAUCCAAAACCAUGGAAUGGGGCGUCGUCGAAAGGCAACUCAGAGAUGCCUCGCUUAAUUCUGCGCCGUUUCCUCCACUCCUCCUCCUCCCCCACCACCACUCCCGCCGCCGGUCCAGAUUUCGUCCGUCAGCUCGCUGCGCUCCUUGCCGCCGGCCGCUUCCACGCAUCCGUCGGCCUGGCCAAAUCACUCCUCCUCUCCUCCCACCCACCAGCCGCCUCCGCCUCCGCCUCCGUCCCCGACCUCUACCACGCCCUCGCCUCCCAGGGCGACCCGCAGGCCCGCUCAUUCCUCUGUGACGCGGCCUCCGCGCUCGUCGUUGCGUCCGCGCGGCUCCGCCUCCCCGACGGCGCGCUCCGGCUGCUAUCCCUCCUCGCCGACGCCCGCGCCCCGCUGCCGUCCCUCUCCUCCUGCAACCUCCUCCUCGAGUCUCUCCUCUCCCUCGGCCGCCACCACGACGUCCGGCGCGCUUUCGAGCUCCUAGCCGCCUCCGGAGCGCGCCCGGACACCUUCACAUGGAACAAGGCCGUCCAGGCGUGCGUCGUGGCGGGUGACCUCGACGAGGCUGUGGGGAUGCUUCGUCGGAUGGGUUGCCAAGGCCAAGGCACCCCUCCUCCAAACGCGUUCUCCUACAACGUGGUCAUAUCUGGACUCUGGAGGGCAGGGAGGGCUAUCGACGCCGCCAAGGUGUUUGAUGAAAUGGCCGAGAGGUCUGUGCUGCCGAAUCAUAUCACCUACAACACGAUGAUCGAUGGGCACAUCAAGAGAGGGGACCUGGAGGCUGGGUUCAGGCUGCGGGAUCGGAUGCUGCGUCACGGCCUGAAGCCGAAUGUGAUCACUUACAAUGUGCUCCUCUCAGGGCUGUGCCGUGCUGGCAGGGUAGGCGAGACGGCCGCUGUCUUGGAUGAAAUGGUGUCACGAAAGAUGGUGCCAGAUGGUUUCACAUAUAGCAUUUUGUUCGAUGGUCAUUCCAGAGCUGGAGACACGCAGGCCAUGCUUUCCUUGUUUGAAGACUCUGUGAAAAAGGGUGUCAAGAUUGGGGCCUACACUUGUAGCAUCUUGCUGAAUGGUCUUUGCAAGGAUGGAAAGGUUUCAAAGGCUGAAGAGGUAUUGCAGGCGUUGGUAAAUGCAGGACUAACCCCAACGAGGGUUAUCUACAACACUCUAAUCAACGGGUAUUGUCAGACUGGCGAGCUCGAAGGGGCCUUCUCGAUCUUUCAGCAAAUGAAGUCACGCCUCAUUACGCCAGAUCACAUCACGUAUAAUGCACUAAUAAAUGGUUUGGGUAAGGCUGAAAGGAUCACCGAAGCGCAUGAUUUGGUCCUAGAUAUGGAGAAGAAUGGAGUGUGUCCCACUGUGGAAACUUUCAAUUCGCUCAUUGAUGCAUAUGGAAGGGACGGACAACUUGAGAAAUGUUUCAUCAUGCUUUCUGAUAUGCAGGAGAAGGGGAUAAAGCCAAGUGUUGUUUCCUAUGGUUCAGUUGUCAAUGCUUUUUGCAAGAAUGGAAAAAUCCUGGAAGCAGUAGCUAUUUUGGAUGAUAUGUUCCAUAAAGAUGUUUUACCAAGUGCACAGGUGUACAAUACUAUCAUAGACGCAUAUGUAGAGUCUGAUGCCACUCAACUGGCUUUUAUUCUAGUUGAGAAGAUGAAGGCCAGUGGGGUACCUCCAAGUAUAGUUACCUACAAUUUGUUGAUAAAAGGCCUUUGCAAGCAGUCUCGGAUAUCUGAAGCAGAGGAACUAAUUUACAGCUUAAGAAAUCAUGGGUUAACUCCUGAUGUUGUCAGCUAUAAUACUCUAAUAUCAGCAUACUGCUACAGGAGCAACACUGAUAGAGCCUUGGAGCUUCAGAAAGAAAUGUGCAAUUCUGGCAUCAUGCCCUCAUCGAGAACAUAUCGUAUGCUUUUUAGUGCAUUAGGUGGUGCGAACAGAAUACAUGAGAUGGAAAAUCUGUAUAAAGAAAUGUUGGACAAGGAUGUUGUUCCUUGCAGUGGCAUAUAUGAUAUCAUGGUUGAGGCAUAUGCGAAAUGUGGUGAUGAAUCUAAGGUAGAAGCUCUCAGGAAGGAUAUGUCAAAUAAAGGAAUAGCAAUUGAAUAUGACACAUCCGUGACUAACUGUGAGUUGUAUACAGAUGUAGUGAGUCCAGUUUGAAAUUGACAUUGUUUCUCACAAUAACCCAAUUACCGGAAGUGUUUCUUUUGUUUACCUAGUGAACCUUUGUGGUAAAUAGCCAUUGAUAACAUAUACAAUACUAGCUGUGAGCUGUAUAUAUCAAGUCAAAAAGCUGUCACUAUUUCUCAUUGCUCAUAAUGAACUAAUGGUGAAGAGGAUUGAUUUCCUCACCUAGUGAACCACCCCCCCUGAAAAGCUACUAUUGGUUAAAUUAUCCCAGCACCAUGAAAGUCUGUGAAAAUGAGAUACAUAAUUGAACUGAGCACUGAUCAGGCAGAAACAAUUAAGUGAAAGGGCUAGUUAUAAGUUAUAUACUACAAAAAUGGCUUUUCUUUAUGAUUUUUACCCAUUUCACUUUUGUUUGGCUUUUCUAAUAGUCACCGCAAACAUGUAGAGAUGGUUGUGGCAUAUUUGGGAAGUAGUUGCAUACAUGAGAGGGUUGUCAACUUGUCAUGGCAGUUGGUUGUGUAGUUAGUAUUAUAAUUCUGUGCAUGAAGUUAAUGUAUGAUCUUAAGAUAACUUCUAGAUUUACCUUUUAAUAGUCAAGCUUUAAGGAUUUCGAGUGCGACUAGUCGAUGUUGCACAACUGCAAGGUCGAAUUGGUGUCAACUCAUUGGAUGAGUCGAGCGACUCAUUUCACUAGUCUCGACUAGCAGUUUUUUUGAGUCAAGCGACUAAAAAAUGACCCCACCUGUCAUAUUUCUUUCAAUACUGCCUGCCCAGUUCUGGAAAACCUAGAUCGAGCUGCCCAGUUUCCCCCCGAUGAAACCCAAAAUGAAUCCUCACUCCUGCCAACCCAGUCCCCCCCCCCCCCCCCCCCUGGCCGCUGCCACGAGCCAGCCGUCCGGCGCCGCUGCAAGCCCAUGACACUGACACCUGGCUCCUGAACUUCAUCCACCGGUUGCUGCUGCUCCAAGGCUCCUCCACCUGCUGGCUGCUGCUGCUAGUCUGCUCUUCCCCCAGUGGCUCCUACUCUUGCUGGUCUGCUCCUCCCCAGUCUGCUGCUGCUCCCAGGAUCCUCCCCUACUCACCUUAAUCGGCCUUUUAUUGUAUUACAUAUUUACAUACUAGUAUUAUAAUAUUAGUAAUUAUAUACUAUGGUAUUUUAUACUACCUCCGUUUCACAAUAUAAGCCGUUUUAGCAAAUUAUUCUAGUUCGCUAAAACGGCUUAUAUUAUGGAACAGAGUGAUAGUACCUAUUGCUGAACUCGUGACUAGUCACAACUAGUCUAUGAGUUGCUACCCCAGAUCGAUUCAUCGACUAGUAAUCCUUGGCAAGCAUUAAUUUAUAUUUUAUAAUUGUGUGCAUGAAGGUAAUGUAUUAUGGUUAGAUAAAUUUUAGUUCUCCUUUUUAACUAUCAAGCAUCAAAUGCAGGUUGAUUAUUGGAAGUCAUGAUUGCAUCUUUUCCAUGAUUUUGACUGUUUUUGGUAGCUGUUCUAUCUAUGUGCUGAAGUAGCAAGCUAUAUUUAGUGGUGGUGCUUUAAUAUCUUCCCUGCUCAUUUUGACAGGCGGUAACAUUGUUGCUAAAAGUUCCUGAAGGCAUAAACUACUAAUAUUGUCCAUGUCCUUCUUUUAGUUUCUGGAGAAUUUUUCCAUAUAUUACACUUUGUACUGAUUCAGACUGAAGUAUCAUAGUACUGACUGAUGAUGAAUGCUUAUAUGUUUCCAUUGAAAUUGAUUUUCCUCUCAUAUGAUGAAGUGUACAAAGAUUAAACAGAUUGUUAACUGGUUAGUAUUGUGUUCAGUACAUGUAUUAUCAUCACUGCGAGUGUGUUGUGAAAUCAAAGUAUCAAACCCAGUGCAACAGGAAUCGACAGCUGAGUUGCAUUCCUAAAAGAGAGACAGUUGAAUUUUACUUGGUGAUACUGUACAGGGUGGUAGAAUUUUUCUAUUUUCUUGGCACUGCCUCCUUUUUUUUGUGCUGAAGUUCCUAUUUCAUGAAAUUUUCAUGCAUAUUGCACAUCCUCAUCAGCGAAUUAAUGGGCUUGUUAUUAUUGUUGACACAUUGCCUAUAUUAUGAAUAGUUAAACUACAUUUUGGUAUGGUACACUAUUAUGGCGCGCUUGCUCUUCAUUUUAAUUUGGACGAUUGGAUCCCGGCCGUGUAGCUUGAAAAGUCGGAGUAACCACAUUUUGGACAUAUUGUUAGUAUUAUGUCACCGUUAGACAAUAUUUUCCUGUUGAUUCUGCAUUUUAUUAGACUGUACCCUGUUCUUUUUUGCUUGCCGUUUUGGGCAUUAAAUGGUGUCCAUUCUCCAAUAUAUGCAUUUCACUGUUGCCUUGUUCUAUCUUAGCAACGGUAAAAAUUAGAAAAUAUUGAUUUUUUUUUAUUUUGAAAAGUCUACUUAUACAAUUUAUUAAUUUUCACCUGACAUAUUCGAAUAUUUUUAUGCAUGAUAGUAUUGAAAGUUGAGUCCACAACUCUAUGCAUUGUGAAAACCAAGUGACGUAGAAAUCAAAUACAUGCAGUGCGUUACAAUAUGAACCACUUCUGUUUACAAUCUCUUUACAAGAGGACAAGUAUGUCUACUCUUUUGGUCUACAUAUGUAUCCCGGAACCUGACAUUUUUUAUCACUUCUGCGCCCUUUAUUUAAAUUGCAGGAGAACGAUAUCUAAUCGGGAAAAGAACUCCUGUUUGUUCCACAAGUGAAGUUUAUAUGAUGCAGUGCACCUUAAAGUAUCAGGUUAAAUCUGCACUUCUGCAGCGCCAACUUGACGUCUUCCACCAUUUUCAGUCUGACAGCGUUGGGAAUGAAUGUGCUGGUGAAGUGCUAUUUUGGUGAAAUGAAGGUACUACUCACAGCAACAAGUCAACAAAAUUAUUAGGGAGGGCGAAGAUGGCAAUAAACUGUAAGAUCUACCGUUAUCCUGAUGGUACCGCACGAUUUUUAACAUGACAGUUCUCAGGAAGCCAAAGGACAUUGCUUGCAAGAUCUACGCCAUCUCCUCUGGCAAGAGCUACAAUGUUUGUAAAGCCAGGUAAAAAUGGUUGGCUUAAACAUGUCGA